AUAUAUGUAUAUGCACGCGUUUGUUCUCUUCUUCCCAUUUCAACAAGGUUGAUUCAGUCCCGUUACCAUUUUUAUGUGAAACCCAUUUUGUCCUCGUUGGGAGUUGGGCUAUUUCGGCUUCUUUGGAUGUUUUCCCUCACUUUAUCGGGAAAAUCUUUGCUGGGUGGGCGGUGAUUUUCCGGGAAAGAGCGAGGAAAAAGAAAAAAAAAAGAAAAAGAAAAGAAGAGAGAAGCAUGUACUCCGCGAUCCAUUCGCUGCCGCUGGACGGCGGCGUGGGCGUGGACGGGACCAACCUGCCCGGCGACGCUUGCUUGGUGUUGACCACCGAUCCGAAGCCGCGGCUCCGGUGGACUCCCGACCUACACGAGAGAUUCGUCGAUGCUGUCACUCAGCUUGGCGGACCUGACAAAGCAACACCAAAGACAAUUAUGAAAACAAUGGGGGUAAAAGGCCUUACACUUUAUCACUUGAAAUCACAUCUUCAGAAAUAUCGGUUGGGGAGGCAAUCUUGUAAGGAGUUGCCUGACAACUCUAAAGAUGAGAGCCAGGACACAGGUUCAUCUACAUCAUCAUCAUCAAAAUUGGUUCAAGAUUUAAAUGAUGGCUACCAGGUUACUGAGGCUUUGCGAGUACAGAUGGAAGUCCAGCGAAGACUGCAUGAACAGCUGGAGGUUCAACAUCAUCUCCAACUUCGUAUUGAAGCACAAGGGAAGUACCUGCAGUCUAUCCUUGAGAAAGCUUGUAAAGCUCUCGACAACCAGGUUUCUGUUGCUGCUGGGCUUGAAGCUGCCAGGGAUGAACUUUCAGAACUGGCGAUCAAGGUCUCAAAUGACUCUAAUGGGAUGGCCCCGGUUAACACCCUAAAGAUACCAUUGCUAUCUGAGCUCGCUGCAUCCCUAGGUAACAAGGACAAUUCCGACAUGCCUGCACAGUUUGGCAACUGCUCUGUCGACAGCUGCUUGACCUCAAAUGGAGGUCCUGUUUCUCCUGUAGGAAUUGCUUCUCAAGCUGCUGCACUCAAAAAGAGACCAAGGCCCUUGUUCAGCAAUGGUGAUUCUGUGUAUUUAGACAGUGGAAUGCGGCAAGCGGAGUGGACAAUGAUUAAUAUGGGAUGAACUACUGACAUUUCUACCAGAAAAAUUCUGCUUUUCUCUUUUCCUUAAUUGUUUCUACCUAGUUGAUCUAAAUGACAAAGUCCUUGUUGCCAACUGCAACAUCAAUGGUCUGUAUAUCCUCAAACCUGAUCAUUUGAAUCUGUUAUACCUUAGUCAAUUUCAAGUUGUCUUUAAAAGCUCCUAUCUUUCUUUAAGUUGUCAUUAGCUCUUAAACAGCUGAAAUCCGAAGAAGAAAGUUGUGUCAAUGGCUAUUCUCUUUGAAAGUCGAUGAACAGUAACUGUAUCCUUUCAUUAAUUUUGAACUUUGUUUUAGUUCCAUGAAUGUUCUAUUUCUU